UACUAACAACUUUUUGAUGAACUCUUUCUUUGCUUAAUUCCUCACUGUUUCUUUUUUUCUUCCUUAGGAAAAUGGUUUCCUUAACAGUCUUUCUUGAUUAUCUUAUGAUUGCUUCUUCCUUAUUACUACUUGCCUCUUCUGCCCAAAUUACUGCAGAAACAAUCCCCAUGGGUUCCAGAAUGACAGCUGGGAGUAAUUCUUCAUGGAAAUCACUUUCUGGUGAUUUUGCUUUCGGGUUUUAUCCCCUUCUUGAUGGUUUAUUUCUAGCUGGUAUUUGGUUUGAUAAAAUCCCAGAGAAAACAUUAGCUUGGUCAGCUAACCGCGAUGAUCCUGCUGAGAUUGGAUCAACCAUUAACCUGAAAGUCAACGGUCAAUUUGUGCUCAUACAUGCAAAUGGAACAGAGUACUUGAUAUACAAUGGCACAUCCACUACUUCAGCUCUUUUGCAAGACAAUGGCAAUCUUGUAUUGCUAAACUCUUCCUCAGAAAUUAUCUGGCAAAGCUUUGCUUUUCCCACGGACACUAUGUUAUUAGGCCAAGUCCUGGUAAUGGGACAGAAAUUGUAUUCUAACGCUAAUGGAACCGUGGAUUACUCGACAGGACGAUACAUGUUGGAGGUUCAGCCUUUUGAUGGAAAUAUUGUUAUGUCUGCAUACCAGUUUGCGGAUCCUGGUUAUUGGUUUACUUUAACUGCUGGAAACCUAAGCGCGAGCUUAGUUUUCAAUCAGAGUAGCGCUUUCUUGUAUGCAGCGAAUGGCUCUUCAGUUAUAUACUCAAUGACUAGAAAAGUUCCUACUCCAAUUGAAGAUUAUUAUCAUCGAGUGACAAUCAAUGACAAUGGAAAUCUGCAGCAACUUGUUUACAGAAAAGAAAAGGGCACGUGGAUAGUUGUAUGGGAGCCAGAUUUCAUUGCUGCAGAGCCUUGCACAGUGUUUAAUGUUUGUGGGGUUUAUGAGUUCUGCACUUCACCUGAUAAUACAACUGUUAAAUGUGAGUGCUUGCCUGGGUACUCUCCGUGGGAUCCCGACAUUCCUUCAAAAGGAUGCUACCCAAAUGUCGUGAUGGAUUUUUGUGCUCCGAAUUCUUCCACUUCAGAUUUCACUAUCCAAGUGAUUGAUAAUGCUGAUUUUCCAAAUGGGCCUUUUACAGAUAUGGCAAGAAGCUCGCCAGCUGAAUUGGAUGAAUGCAAGACGGAACUCGCAAAUGACUGUUUUGCAAUGGCAGCUGUCUUGGUUGAAUCUGUGUGUUACAAGAAGAGAAUGCCUUUAUUGAAUGCUAGAAGAAGCUCUCCUUCAACAAACAAUGUAGUGGCAUUUCUUAAAGUACCAAAUGAUAACAGCACGCUCAGAAUUCAUGAUAAAGACAGACAUGAAUCUCUGCUGAUUGGACUUGUGCUGUGUUCAAUCAUGGCUUUGCUCUUUGCAGCCAUUACCAUUUACCAUCACCCUCUAGCUCGUAAGCAGGUUGCGAGUCAAAAGCCGUUGGAGAUAAAUAUGAGAGGGUUUUCAUUCCAGGAGCUGCUUGAAGCUACAAAUGGGUUCAAGAGUAAACUCGGAAAAGGAGCAUUUGGUACUGUUUAUAGUGGAGUUUUGAUCUUAGAGGGUAAACAAGUUGAGGUUGCUGUUAAGAAGCUAGAGAAAAUUGUGGAACAAGGGGAAAAAGAAUUCCUGACUGAAGUGCAAGUAAUUGGUCUAACUCAUCAUAAGAAUCUUGUCAGGCUGUUGGGUUUCUGUAAUGAUCGAAAUCAUCGACUUCUAGUUUAUGAGCUGAUGGAAAAUGGAACCUUAUCUAAAUUUUUGUUUGAUCAAGAGAUUAAACCCAGUUGGGAUAAAAGAGCAGAAAUUGCACUUGAAAUUGCUGGAGGGCUGUUGUACUUGCAUGAAGAGUGUGAGACCCAAAUUAUCCAUUGUGACAUAAAGCCACAAAAUGUUCUUCUUGACAAAAAUUACAGAGCCAAAAUAUCAGAUUUCGGUCUGGCAAAACUCUUGAUGAAAGACCAGACUCGAACGAGCACCAAAAUUAGAGGUACCAUGGGAUACAUGGCUCCAGAGUGGCUCAAGAAUGCUCCUGUGACGACCAAAAUCGACGUCUACAGCUUUGGUGUGAUGCUAUUAGAGAUUAUUUUCUGCAAAAGGCACUUAGAGUUGCACCAAGUUGACGAAGAAGGCGAUGAAAUGGUUCUAGUCGAUUGGGUUGUAUGUUGUAUCAGAGCUGAUAAGUUAGCAGCCAUUGUGAGCCAUGAUCAUGAACUCUUAGAGGAUUUUACGAGGUUUGAGAGAAUGGUGAUGGUGGGACUGUGGUGCGUGUGUCCUAAUCCGACUCUUCGCCCAUCGAUGAACAACGUUAUACUCAUGUUAGAAGGAACAACCCAAGCUGGAAUUCCUCCUAUAAUCAAUGCACAAUAUUUUUAAAGUUCAUGCUUUUAAUUAGUCCAUAGCAUACUUGAAAUCAUAAGAAUUUUAAAGCUUUUGUAUAACAAUCAAGUGUAAUUUUGUAAUCUCAAUAAAGUGAAGUUGAUUGAUUUAGUUA